AUGAAUAUAACUGAGUCAGAUCAUAUGCAUCAACAUAUGCAAAUGACUGAAUCGAACGCCAGUCAAACGGGUGCUCACAAAGCCAUGAAGUCAAUGAUGCACCACGGAAUGUCAAUGACAUUCCAUUUUGGUGAUGAUGAGACUAUCCUGUUCAAAUUUUGGGCUGUUCACAAUGCUGGAUUUAUGGUAUUGUCAUGCUUCAUCAUUAUCGUGUUGUGCUUCAUCAUGGAGGGUAUUCGAUGGUUUCGAUCGUUCCGGAAAGCAAGCAAACGGCAAAUUCGCUCUGCUCCAUCCAUCAAUGAACAACCUUCAUUCUUCCGACCGCAUAUAAGUGUUGCAUUAUGCAUUGAUACUGUACUGCAUGCUGUGCAAUUAACGAUCAGUUAUAUUCUGAUGUUAUUAUUUAUGACGUUCAAUGUGUGGCUUUGCAUUGCGGUUGUUCUCGGUGAGGUAUUGGGUCGUUUCAUUUUCAACGCUUUCUUCCCGACCGCUGAAUUAAGUGCUAGUCAGGUAACGUUCAACUCUAAUUGCUCAUCAUCUUCUAACUUCCAUGCCUAG